AUGCCCUCCUCGCACACAAUCCUCGUAACCGGCGCCACCGGCCGCCAAGGCAGCGCCACCAUCCGGGCCCUCCUCGCCCUCUCCACACAGCUUACCACACCCCUCACGAUCCACGCACUGGUGCGCAACCCCUCCUCGGCCCGCGCGCAGGCCCUCGCCGCCCUCAGCCCUUCCAUCAAGCUCUUCGCCGGCACCUUCGAGGACGGCGACUCCCUCACCGCCGCCGCACGCUCUUGCACCGCGCUCUUCCUGCUGACGGUGCCAAACCCGCACAGUCCAGACACGGAGCUGGCGCACGCGCGCGCCGUGCUCGCCGCCGCGAAAAACGCGCGCACGGUGCAGCGCGUAGUGUACAGUUCUGCGUCGCUGAUUGGCGCUGAGGAGGCGUAUGAUGAGCUCGAGCGCUGGCCCGGCAUGGCGUGGUACAUGCGGGCGAAGCGCGCGGUCGAGGAAGCGGUGCUGGGCGCGGGGUUUAGUGCCGGAGCGACGGUGCUGCGGCCUGCGAUGCUGUGGACGAAUUUCGUGGGCGGGGUGGCGGGCGCGAUGUAUCCGGGGUUGAAAGAGGAGGGGGUGCUGCGGACGGCGCUGGAGCCCGGGCAUCGUGUCGGGUGUCUGGAUCCGGCGGAUGUGGGCGCGUUUGCGGCGAGGGCGCUCGUGGAGUACGGGGAUGUGGGAGGGGAGGUUUGGCGGGAUAGGGUUGUUCCGCUUGCGAGUCGGAGGAUGACGAUGGGGGAGAUGGCGGAGGGGUUGACUAGGGCGGUGGGGGGGAGGAGGAGGGUUAGCGUUGUCCAGAUUAGUGAGGAGGAGUUGGGGGCGGGAGAGAGGUCCACGGUCGUGGAGAGUGAACUGUUUAGGAAUCGGUUUCGGGUUGUGGUGGAUUUGGAGGAGGUGAGAGCGUAUGGAGUGAGGUUGGGGACGUGGGAGGAGUUUGUGGAGAGGGAGAGGGAGGGCAUUGAGGUGGCGUUGGGGUUAGCGUAG